AUGCUGGAGGAGAUUAGGUUAUUUGUGAUGGAAAGGAUAUACACUCAGAGAGUUGAAGGAAUGGAAUGGGAUUUGCUUAUAUGCCCAACUAUUAGGAAGCGUAUAGAAGAGCUGAAGGUUAAACACAGAUUCACUGAUGUUGCAUAUGGAGUGGAUCUAAUUGCAAAGAAGUGUGCCUGUAGAAUAUGGCAACUUACAGGGAUACCAUGCUUACAUGGAGUGGCAGCAAUCUCUUACUUAAAUCAUGAUGCAGAGACAUAUGUGUCCCAAUCAUACACUACUGAGGCUUACCUAGAAUGCUACAAAUAUAGCAUUAAUCCUCUCAAUAGUAGUGAUAUGUGGCCAGAUGUUCCAUACCAUAAGCCUUUGCCUCCCAAAAGAAGAAGAUUACUUGGUAGGCCAUCAGUGAAAAGGAAGAGGGAUGCAAUUGAACGAGAGUUAACUAGACCAAGUAGACAAACUGUCUCAAGAAGGGGAAGCAUGAUAAAGUGUGGUAUUUGUAAGGAACCAGGUCACAACAGGAAAAAGUGUCCAUCUAACCAGCAAAGCAAUACAUCAGUACCAAGUUCAUCCAGGGGCAGUGGAGCAGACCCAAGUUUAUCCAGGGGCAAUGAAAGACCACCACCUACAACCCAACCACCUCCUCCACCACCACCUGCAGCCCAACCACCACCACCUGCAGCCCAACCACCACCACCACCACCUGUAGCCCAACAACCUCCUCCACCACCACCUAUAGUUAGUAGAAGUGGAAGGAGGGAAUAUUUUGAAUGGAUCAUCAAACAAGCAUUAAGGAGGCAGAUACUUGGGGUUGGGAGCAAUUCAGAUAACCCUUCAGUUAUUGAUUAA